CCCCUUCUAUAGAAAAUAUUAUUGAUAAUCAAAUAUUGAUCUUUCAAAAAAUUGACAAAUUAUUUGAUUUAGUCAAAAAGAUUGAAAGUAAGCUUGAGAACAAAAAUCAUCAAUUUGACCAAAAGACAAUUGAGAGCCAUGUGAAAACUAUAAGUGCUGAAUUAUUAAAUAAUUAUAUUUAUCCAACCCAAAGCGAAAUGAUUAGUGAAGCUACUGACUAUAAUAAAAAUAAUGAUGGAGAAUGGUAUUGCAAUAAAUUUGAAAAUAAUGAUUUGAAAUUUUUAAAAUGGUAUGAAAAGAUCUUAUCAGAAAAGAUCAUUAAGAGCACAUUAGUUGCAAAAAUCAAAGAGAAUAUUUUUGUCACUUUUAAAGAUACUUUAAAAAAAAUGAUAAAUACUAAUGCAACACCAAGUGAAAUCAUUGAUUGGAAAAAUUCAGAUGAAGUAAAAAGAUGUUUCAGUUUGUUAGAUGAAACAAAUGAAAAGACAGAUAAAAGUUUUUUUGAAGAAAUUUUAAGCAGAACAUUCUUAAAACAUCGACCAUCUUUAUCACUAAUCGCAUUCACACAUGCUGUGACAGUAUUAAUUUUAGACCCAGAAACAAACACUAUAUUGAUUAAGGAAAAUCUUAUAAAGACCCACAUGAGAAAAUUUAUGCAAAAUUUGAAAGAUGAUAAUUGUGGUAGGAGUGGUAAUAUGGGUGAUAUUAUACAAAUUGUAAUUAUUGACAUUAAAGAUAAAUAUGAAAGUGACACUAAUGAAGAUCAAGAUUCUGAAGAAGAUAAAUCUCAAAAUAAUGUUACUGAUCAGAAUAAUGAUGAUGAUAAAAAUGAAGAUGAUCAAAAUAAUGAAGCCAUCAAUGAAUUAGAAGAUAGAAAAAUU